AUGCCCACCCUUCUUCGGACAUUGCUUUUCGUGCUCUCUGCCUGUGCUCAAAGCCAUGCACUAACGCUGACUCUGACUGGGGACCGUUUUCCCGUCGGCAACAUCGUUCUUGUCCAAUGGUCACGCGACGCUAGCGACCCCCAGUCGUUUGGCGUCAUGCAACGAAGUUUGCAAACCGACAGUGUUCUUGCGGUCACCCCUAUAGCAAACCCCAGCGGCGAGAGCAGUGGGACGGUUGGAGUAGUCUUCAGGACGGCUGGCCAAGUGUUGCUCGCGCCGAUCUCCCAGCUAUCACUCUCGCCUGGAGACACUAUCACUCAGCUAGAAGCGGGGAAGCAGCUGACAAUCGUCGAUUCGGGCUCUGGUAACUCGGACCACCAGGAUUCGAAGCCGGGGCCUCCACCAGAGGAAACGACGACGGAAAAGAGGCCGCCAACAACGACAACGACGUUGUUGGUCACGACGACAACAACAACCAAAAAUACCUUAAGUGCUAUUCCGACAUCUAACACGGGUGCAGCUGGCACAGCUGGAAAUGAAAAUACGACCCUCAUAGAUGGCAUAGUCACCGACACUAAAUCGACGACGACUUCAAAUCGCGGCUUAUUCAACUCCUUCGUUCUUUCUGUAAUCCCCGAAGCCUCGACCACCCGAAGCAACUCUCUCCCCGCCUUCAAAACUCUCCCUGCAUCACCAUCUUCUUCACCCAGCAAUGAAUCUCCUUCCACGGAGUCCAAUUCAAAUGCCACAUCUGGUUCGAACACUACAGGUCGCAAUCGGGGGCUUAUUGGACUUGCUGUCAUCUUGUCCCUCGUUUUUGCCGCCCUUGUCGGUCUCUUCAUCCUUCGCUUUAUUCUUCGCCGUCGCCGGGAAGCCCAGCGAGCUGCCCGCAUGUCGCGUUUUGGCGGGUGGAACACAAGCGAUCCAUAUACCAGCCCGAAUCGGGGCAGUUGGAGUAGUAGUGGCGGCGGAAGCAGACGAGAACGGGCGACGAUUGCGUCGUUUGGCUUUGGGACAAGCAGUGGCCAAAUCCAAACACAAAUGACCCAAGUUUCGCAACCAGAAACAACGUAUGGGCAUCGGCCUAUGGACUCCGGCGCGUGGUUCUACACGGACAACGCUCCUCUCCAACUUGGGCCAGGAGAACUUGCCAGUCCAGGCCGGGGACCUGCAUUCGACACAGGCUUUGCAGGAGGCGAAGGGCAGGGGGCCUAUGCCUGGGAUGCCGCCCCAGGUCAUCGAUGA